AUGAACGGCCUCGCCUCGCCGUCGUCCGAUGCACUACGAAGUCUGUCGGUCGUCAGCGAGCUGCAGUUCCUCUGGCGAUGCUUCGCCUCGGCCACCGUCCCCAGCGAGAAGCGACGCUACCUCGUUCAAUUCUUGAAUCAAUUUGUGUCCGAGUUCGCCGACACGGAGAGCGACCUGGUCGAGCUCAGGUUCGGGGGCACACGCCUGGUGGCGCGCGACCUCGUAUGGCACUUCAUUUCUCACAUCUCUGAGCUCUGCCAAGCCGGCGGUGAAGCUUCGACGCCCCUCGGCGAGGCUUCCAAGGCACGCCCCUCCAAGUGCCUGCACAUUCACUCAGCCCCAUCGUCGUCGCACUCUCACGCGCCGGCGGCGCUCAUCUUCGAGUACCUGAGCGGCCUGUCGCGGGAGGGCGAGGGCUUCUACCUGCUGUGGACCCUCGAGAUCCUCGCCAAGAAUGUGUCGAACGCGCGCAUUGCCAAUGGGCUGGCGACCACGCUGGUGGCGAUCCUCGUGCGGCUGCUCGAGCUGCCGGCCGACUUUCUGCUGCGCCGGGAGGCUCGCGCGCACUACCCCCACGUGCCGGCCUUCUACGCCUUCCACUUCCCCCUGGUGAGCCAGCUGUUCGCUGUCGACGAUAUCCCCACAUGCCUCGCAUUCCUAGACACCAUGGCUUCACCCUCUUCCUCAUCAUCACCAUCGUCACCACCUUCUUCUUCAUCAUCGCUGUCGUCAGCGUCGUCGGUCGGCGGCGUCGGCGGUGCGUAUGGACUGGGCGGCAUGCCUGACAUUCCAGCCAAUGCGAUGCUGGCCAGCCUGUGCUACCACAUGCUGAGCGUGCUGUCGCACCUGUUCAAGUACCCGGGCACGCUCAAGGAGCUGGUGCAGUACAAGAAGCUCUCGGCCUUCGUGGGCCUCUUCAAGCCACUGUCGGCCGGCACCGAGCGAAGAAAGUCCAACAAACAGAAGGCCACCGCCGACCUUUACGGCAGUGGACGGUCAGGAGCACUGAAGACCGCCAAUUCGAAAGCAGAGAGCGUGGGCUACGCGCUGGACGCGUUCGGCAUAUUCGCGGUGCAGCGGCAGCUCAUCCGCACAAUGGCCAGCCUGUUCAUCACCUCCUCCAGGAAGAAGAAAAGCAUUGAGCUGAUCCACCAGCAGCGGGUGCUGCAGCAGCUGCUCUCCAAUCUUUACAAAUACGGCGAUCGGCUGUCGACCACGACCUGCCUCGAGCUGUGCCAGCUGAUCGUGUUCGCCCUGCGCUCCUCCUUUGCGCUCUCGUCGUCGCUGCUCGACGACUUCAUCGGCGAUGGCGGCUAUCAGAUCCUCACCCACAACCUCAUCGUCACGAGCAAGAAGGGCAGCCGCGAGGAGAUCGCCAAGUUCAUCGGCCUCGUGACGCACCUCCUCUUCAUCGGCGAUCGCAACGUCCUGUUCUCUCCGCCCGCUGCCUCCGCCUCGUCGUCAUCGUCGUCGUCGUCGGCCGACUACGCGCAGCCGACUCGUGGCCACGGCAAGCAGCACUCGACCCGCAGCGACCCCGACGAGGAAAACAAGCGCCUGCUCGCGCAGAAGGUCAUUGGCGACGAGGCGUCGGGCAACUGGCGCAACCUGGACAGCUGCAAGAUCCUGUUCAACGCGUUGGUCUCGUGCGGGUCGACGGAGGUGAAGACGGACCUGCUGCGCACGCUGCAGGUCAUCCUCUCCCUGCGCGUCACGCUCCCCAUCGGCCAGUCGGCCAUGGCGCAGAUGCUCGCCUCCUCCUCCCCGUCCGCUACAUCCUCGGCUUCGACCACCACCGCCGCCGAUCAGCCAUCGGCGCCUGGCGCCUCUCGUCCGCCGCUGUCGUCGCAGGGCUCGGGCGGCUACGGCCAGGCCCUGCUCGGCGGCGCCAGCGCCGGCGCUGGGCGAUCGGCCUCGGGCGUGGCGCAGCAGUUCGUGACGGUGACGGGCUACCAGCUGCUGCAGAAGCGUUUCGAGCCCUUCCGCACGCUCUUCCUCCAAUACGACACGCUCACGCUCCACAACCAGCGGAUGGUGCUGGGCAUGAUGGACGACGUGCUGCGCGGCAGCGACCUGCUGACCAGCGAGCUCAAGUCCUACUGCGGCCUGCUCCAGGGCAAGCGGCCCUCCACCAUCCUCCUCGUCGCCAACCACCUCAUCUCCCUCAUUCAGCGAGGGAAGAUUCGUAGGACGGUGCUGAAGUCGGUGGGCAUCGUGCCAAUCCUGCUCGAGUACCUGGCCAACCCGCUGCACCUCUACUGCGCGUCGGCGCUGAUCGGGAACGACGAGCGCCAGCUGUGCCUGGAGCUGCUCCAGCCGCCGGCCGCUGGCACGAACACCCACGCCUCCUCCUCCCGCAGCGGGCACACCGCCAAGAAGCCAUCGAUGAGCAGCAAAGGAGGCUGA